AUGGACAGCGUUAAGGAACCCAUAAAACUAUCUGAACUCACUGAUGGGCCUCAUGAUGGCGAUAUGUCUACCACCUCGAUGACUCCGUCAAAGGCAACUGUGGUUUCCGUAAGGAUGCGUUCUGAGGCUGAGAUAUUUGGAGCAAAACGUGCCGCAAGUCGGCGAAAAACAGCAGACAAUGAUGAUGAUCUAAGGUACUUAUCACAACUCUAUUUAGUACCCUGGAAACCAGCCAGGUUCAGAACACAUAAGCCCAUGUACGCCUUCGAGCAUCGUUCAGUUCUCAUGUGUUCUGUGGAGCAUGCUACAAACAAUGGCUCUGAAUUCACCAGAGAUAACUGGGAAUCGCUCCUUCUCUCGCCACUCCACGAAGAAGCUAACGAAACGACUCGAUUUGGAAAUGAACCGAAGAAGAAGGCUACGUUAGAAGACCUUGUCCGGGUUCUUCUUUUAAAGGCUCGAGUCAUCAAAUUCGAUAAGUUGCUUGAAUGUUUGCGUGAGCGCUCAACAGACAAAAAUCUCGUCACCCCAGCCGCUGUUAUUCCUGUCCUCAAUCGACUGGCCGUUUUGAUUCGUGGUUGGUGGGUUGUCAGAAGUGAUAUUUUGUAUCCUCCGAAUACAUACAGUGAGCACGCAUCUGUUCCGAGUACACAACUAAUUAGAGCUCGUGAUUACGUGAUGGCAGUGUUUCACCGGGGUGAUCACCUCACAAGGAAGACUGUUUCGUCAAUUACAAAAUUGCCUUCACUCGAAGUCACUGAAAUCCUUGAGCAACUUGGAACUCGAAUCUCCUCCGGUCUUGAAGGGCAUAACAACCAUUGGGAAUUUCGACAGCCAGACACGAAUUUCAUUAGCAGGCAUGUUGAUUUGAUUGAAAAAGUAUAUCAAGAUGUCGUUCAUCAGCACGCAUGUAAUUGGGAACUUCGAAUUAGACAGCUAUGCACGCAGCUUAAACUUGAGGUUCUUGUUGCAGAUGCUGCACAACGACGGCGACGGUGUUCCGGUCGUCUCUCAGGGAGCGACUCUGACGAUAUACUGACUCCCUUAAGCCCAAAAGCGGCGGCUACCAAACGACGUCGCUGUCGCCUCAGUCUCUCGCCGGAGGCUUUGGAGCCAACGUCGAAGCGAGUGCGCACCCAGAGCACGUCGUCGACAGGUCGUGGCACCUCUUCCCGUCCACUUGGCAGUCCCCGCCAGACCCUCUCACCUAACAGACCCACUCCACCUCUCUUCUCAGCCGGAGCACCCAAUGAGCAGCAGGUCCCCCUCGCUUCUCAACCGAAUCAGAGUAAGUCACCGAAGAAAGCUAAGCUCGCUGAACAGGCAGGGCCAACACCAACAUUGUCUUCCCCACCGUCAGCUGACGCCUCACUUAGAUCGACGAAUGACCCCUCAACAGACCUUCUCAAGCAGGAGCCCGGCUCCCCCCAAAGCUAUCGAAGCGAACCAGGGUUACAGAUGCAAUCCGCUCCACCCAUGGUUGCGGAAAUGUUACCGACUGCCAACGCGGGCAUAGCAGAAAAGUUAGAGGAACCCGACACCACUACAGAACAGACCUGGUCGAUGGUGGAUGAUCCUGCAAUCUGCAGCUUUGUGCGGGAAAAGCUGCAUUCACACCCGAUCCUGGCACUCUCGGAGUUAACCAAGGCCUGUCAGCCCUUUCUGGCGUCACUGCCCAAUCAAAUGACCAACAGCGGCAAGCCGGCGCCUCCGGGCUCUGAGGCGGAGAGGGAGAUGCUGAAAUCCGAGCUAUACAAGGUGGCUCUCGCUGUAGGAGGCCGUGAGCUGCACGUUCACUGGCCCAACGUGCCCUCAGCCCUGCCCAAACAGCCGCUUUUCGUGGCGCCUGUUGCAGUCGAAUUUGGCGACCCCAGCAGCCCCCUACAUCAGGCAAAGGCGAUCUUGGAACGAUUUGAAACGUCUACGUUUGUGACCUAUGGCAUUAUAAAAAAGAAACUUGCAGACGUUGGCCUCAAGAUUCCCGACAACACGCUAAGGGCAACUAUUAAGAGAUACUGCGUCUAUCGUUACUCCAAAUACUUCCUGCGGUUCACGGUUAACGAAUAA